UAAAUGACAAUUUUUAGAUUAAUACUGUCUUCUAGUUAUAGGAAUCUUUAAGCUUUGAUACUAGCAAUCUUUCCAAAGAUGCUCUUCAUUCCAAUAUUUUAUAAAUCAAAGCAUCUCAACUUCUAUAUAUAACAUUAUUAUAAGUGCUAUCUAGCUGAACCAUACUCAAGACCUUGUUGCUUACUUGGCUUUUCUUCAUAGCCAUUGUUUAGAGAAAGGGCAACAACAAAACAAGAGAUGUGGGAUCUAUCAAGGGAAAAACUAGUAAUGGUAGUGCAAAACUAUUAUGACAUAAUCAUGGUCUUAUUUCUCACUAUAGGAUUAACAUAUUUAGCUUCAAGAGCUUGGAAAAAAGCUACAAGCAAGAGAGAAGACAUCCCUGGCCGGCUUGGAUUACCUCUAAUUGGUGAAACUUUUUCUUUUCUUUCAGCCAAUAAUAGUACAAGAGGUUGCUAUGAUUUUGUCAGACUUAGACGAUUGUGGCACGGGAGAUGGUUCAAGACAAGGCUAUUUGGCAAGAUUCAUGUAUUUAUUCCUGAUCCUGAAGGUGCGAGGACCAUAUUUGCUAAUGACUUUGAUCUAUUCAACAAGGGCUAUGUAAAAUCAAUGGCAGAUGCUGUAGGAAAGAAAAGCUUGUUGUGUGUACCAGUUGAGAACCACAAAAGAAUAAGGCGUCUUCUAUCUGAACCAUUCUCCAUGACUUCCUUAUCUGCAUUUAUCACAAAGUUUGACAAAAUGUUGUGUGGAAGGCUGCAAAAUCUAGAAGGAAAGGGGAAAAGUUUUAAGGUGUUGGAUUUCUCAAUGAAGAUGACAUUUGAUGCAAUGUGCGAUAUGCUGAUGAGCAUCACGGAAGAUUCAUUACUACGACAGAUCGAGAAUGACUGCACUGCUGUCUCUGAUGCUAUGUUGUCCUUUCCAGUCAUGAUUCCAGGCACAAGAUACUAUAAAGGCAUCAUGGGUCGUAAAAGGCUCAUGGAAACCUUCAGAGAGAUCAUUGCUAGACGUAGGACGGGAGAAGAAUCUCCAGGGGACUUCCUGCAGUCCAUGUUGCAGAGAGAAUCAUUUCCUGACAGUGAAAAGCUUGAUGACUCGGAAAUUAUGGAUAAUCUUUUGACAUUGAUAAUUGCAGGACAGACUACAACAGCAGCGGCAAUGAUGUGGAGUGUAAAAUUCCUACAUGACAACAGUGAUGCACAGGACAUACUCAGGGAGGAACAGUUGUCUUUAACCAAAAUGAAGCCAGAAGGAGCCUCCCUUAAUCAUGACGAUAUCAACAACAUGCGUUACGGUUUGAAGGUAGUUAAGGAAACACUAAGAAUGUCUAAUGUCCUAUUAUGGUUUCCUCGUGUUGCACUGAGCGACUGUACUAUUGAAGGGCAUGAAAUAAAGAAAGGCUGGCACGUUAACAUCGAUGCAACUUGUAUACAUUACGACUCAGAUCUAUUCAAGGAUCCAUUGAAAUUUAACCCACAAAGAUUUGAUGAAAUGCAAAAGCCCUACAGUUUUAUACCUUUUGGAUCAGGGCCUAGGACUUGUCUUGGGAUGAAUAUGGCAAAAGUGACAAUGUUGGUCUUUUUACACAGGCUAACUAGUUGUUACACGUGGACCCUUGAUGAUUUAGAUACUUGCUUAGAAAAGAAGGCACACAUACCUAGACUAAGGAGUGGCUGUCCAAUAACGUUGAAGUCCAUAAGCAAGAGCAUGCCAGAGGCAUAGACGGGUGUCAUGGAGAUUUACCAGAUAGCUAGUUCACUUAGCUAGUUCACACGUGAAAAAGCCCAAGACAGCUGCAUAUAUAGAUUUGAGGCAAACAGCAUAACAGGAGAUAAAUCUGCUAAAUAAUUAUUAAUGCAUAAUCAAAUUUCUCCACCACUUUCAAGAAUUGAUAUUCUUAAUCUAUUUAGUCUGUAUACUAUACAUAAAUAUAAAUUAAGAAAUAACUUAAGUUGCAACUUAAUCUGGUGGUGGAGGAUCAUGAGACCUGUUAUAACUUAGGGGUAAAUCAACACAAAGAAUAACCAGCAGCUUGUUAGAACAGUUCAUGUGAGAAGAGAACCACAUUUCCGGUGUUUUGUUCUGUUUGAAAUGUUGAUAAUCUCGGAUGGCAUUGCGUAGCACAAACCUCCUAAAAUGUUAUAGUGACAUAGACGAUAGUGGGAUAGCCGCUAUAAUGAUUAAAAACCAAAUUUUGAGUAUUUAUGUUUACUUUAUACACAAAAUUAAAGAGAUCAUCAUACUUAAUAGUUAAAGAAUCUAGUAU